UCUUCGCGUUCGGCACCAGCUACCCAGUGCUCUUCGUGGCUCGCGCUGUCCAGGGCAUAGGGUCCUCGUGCUCGUCAGUUUCCGGAAUGGGCAUGCUGGCGGAGCGCUACACGGACGACAAGGAGCGCGGCAACGCCAUGGGCAUCGCGUUGGGCGGGCUGGCGCUGGGCGUGCUGAUCGGUCCGCCCUUCGGAGGCGUCAUGUUCCAGUUCGUGGGCAAGACAGCGCCAUUCCUCAUCCUGGCUGUGCUGGCUCUGGGCGACGGACUUCUACAGCUGUGGGUGUUGCAGCCCGCCAUUGUUAAGCACGAAGAAGAGGCGCCGACUUUUGGAGAACUUAUCACGGACCCUUACAUCAUUAUCUCUGCUGGCGCCAUCACCUUCGCCAACAUGGGGAUCGGGAUGCUGGAGCCAUCUCUCCCUCUCUGGAUGAUGGACACGAUGGCCGCCCCUGAAUGGCAGAUCGGAGCAGCCUUCAUCCCGGCUUCGAUCUCCUAUCUGAUCGGCACCAACCUGUUCGGGCCUCUGGGGCACCUGAUGGGCAGGUGGCUGGCCUCCUUCAUCGGCCUCAUCAUUAUCGGCAUCUGCCUCAUGAGCAUCCCCAACGCCACGUCCAUCAACCACCUGAUCGCCCCGAACGCCGGCCUCGGCUUCGCCAUCGGGAUGGUCGACUCCUCGAUGAUGCCGGAGCUGGGCUACCUGGUGGACCUGCGUCACUCGCACGUCUACGGCUCCGUCUACUCCAUCGGCGACGUGGCCUUCUGUCUCGGCUUCGCUAUCGGCCCGGCACUGUCUGGCACUCUCGUUCAGAAGUUUGGCUUUAAAUGGAUGUUGUAUGGCAUCGCUAUCAUCAACUUCCUGUACGCGCCCCUCAUGUACUGCCUCAAGUCGCCUCCGGCCAAGAACCCGGGAGAGCGGCAGGGACUGAUCUACGGCGAAAAGUCCUCCGUUCGCUACGUGACCUACAAGAACGAGGACGAGGAGGAGAACUGAGCGCCCGAAGCCUUCCGCUCAUCGAAGGAGACCCGCUUGGCUUGCCGUUUUGCGCUUUCGGUGGAAGCAACUUUCAGUUAUUUUUUCUUGACCAACAAGAAGAAGCCAAGGGGUGUUUUUUAUUUAUUUUAUUUCUUCGUAAAUGGGUUGUAAGUACAUUUGUGUAAGGAAGCGAGGCUAGAUUGGAUGUGUAUUAUCUAUUCAGAUUGCUGUACGUGUUGUAUCCCGCCCCUCUCCAGCUUGCGUUGUCAUAACCGGGCUUGACACGAUUCCGCGUGAACUGGGCGGCGUUCGUUCACGUUCGCAAAUUUUGGCGCGAUUGAGGGAUGCCGCCGAACCGACGUGCAAUUUUGGUUAAUUGCAUUUACAUCGCUGAAGCCGAGAGACUAAGCGAGAUAGCUGAUAUUGCCAUACUGAUGAAAGUAUGUAUAUGAACGCGCACACAAAACUGUGCAUACAUAUAAAUGUAUAUCUCGCGCUUCAAGCUUUUUGUUCAGUAUGGAACAAAUAUGAAAACGAAACCUGGGACCCUUUACAGUGUAACAAGGUCACUUUCCCUUACCUACACUGAAGCCACUACAGUGUAGUAUAAGCACCUUGUAAGCAGUAGCUAGGAAAGACCCUAGACCCUGAUGUAUGUAACCUGAGAAGCAUAUUCUAUAACAGAAAAAAAAAUCAUAUACAUAUAUAUCUAUACUUACGACUCCACUUUUUAUACGAUCAACCCAGAACAACGACAUGAAACACAGCCGUUUAUAAACGACCGAACAUUUUGUAGAAUUGUUGUAUCUGAGGAAGAGUAUAAAAGAAAACAAACCCGACUUUGUGUGAAGUGUUCGAAUCGCUCGAAUCUUCAAGGAAAGGAUCGACCCCACAAUGCGUGGGAAUGCCUUUUUUCUGCUUCACUUAUGCCAAGGAUCCAAAGCACUUGACCAUUUUUACCUUCUCGUUUCAGGAGUCCAAGGUAACAUGCCAUCAGACCUUUAAAUAUCCCGUUUUCUCUUCUGUUUCUUAUUCGGACUCGGCCUAACGCUAUACAGGUUCGAUCAGUGUUUCGCAUCAGUAUGAAACCUCUCUCAUUCGAUCUCUCCUUGUGGGCGCAGUUCGUCAAAUUAGAGACAAACACUAUCACCAAUAUGUUCUUCGUUUCCUGCAUAGAUGUCUAGCUUCUAGAACAAAUGAAAUUCAAAUUGCCAUUGCUACAUUUGAGCAAGCAUCAAGUUAAUCUGGCAACACUCUUAGACGCACUUUGUCAGCACCGAAUGCAUGUCAGCAAACAGCUAGCACCGAGAGACUGCACAUCUAAAUUUGCAAACAGCAAGCUCCUGCACUUGCACUCUGCCAGCAGUGAAUAUUUGCACUGCCUCUGCAUUGCCAACACAGAGCACAUGCACGGCCGCUUUGCCAACAAUUGGCGCUCGCUUACACCUUCACUGAUGCUUUGCACACAUAGACGUCAAUCGCUAGGUGCUUGACACACCUCCAACAACGCUCUGACAACACUCUUCACAUCACUUCACUGCAAAAGUUUUGGCAACUUUUAGCACCGUAUUUUGCACGCUUCAGCUUAUUGUAGCCGGCAUAGACACACCCUCUAUAUAUUCCGCUAAACAGUUGUUGUAAACAUGUUAACCUUUACUCCACACGCAGACCGCAUGCACGCGUACACUCAAGGUCUAAAGUCCCUUCACGUGACCGGAGCCUCGGAACACCUCAGAGCGAGUUGCUUUAACUGAUUCUCAAGACAACAUUCGGGACAUGUUUGGAAAGGACUUAGGAAGGAGAAUGUACACAGACGCACGCACGCACACGCACACACGUUUUCACUCGUGUGUGUACACAUAUACAUUUGUAUGCACACAUACAGUACGCAAAUUGUUCUAGUAAUCUCCACUGAAUAUUUAAGUACAUACAUGCACGGACACAAACUGGCGUGUUCAUACAUACGCAUACAUAAACACACACAUAUAUAUAUGUGUAUGCAUUUAUGCAAAAGUGCAAAAGAAAUAUGAACACAAAUACAUACACAACACUUCAGGACACUGCUAAACGCUUUCUAAAAGCACAUUCAAAACCAACGGUACAAUCCAAUACACAUGCACCACAUCAGUACCAUAUAGCACUAAAACUAUGCACAAAGAUCCAAGGCCUCAUAGAUACGGGAAAUCAUCGGUGAGUUUCUGGCAAAGGAAAGACCACAAGCCCAUUAUAUACACGCACAAUCCUAGGCAUUCGUCAUCAUACUAUAGCGGAAAUGUUGGUCUCGCAAUAGGGAACUACAUCAGUCUACCUGGAUAACAACAGGCAAAAAAA